UGUUUUGCUGCAAUUUCAGCGACCAUUCAGGUAACAGCAGUGGAUUGGUUGGUUGGUAGGAAGUUACUACUACAGUUUGCUUCAGUUUCCUUUCCUAAGGGAGAGCAGCGAGUACAACUACGAGACCGAGAGAGUUAAAUAAACCAAACUUUCUCUUUCUGUCUACACCAGAACAUUUUUACUCAACGAGUUAAAUUAUUCGUUUUAGAAAACGAUCUUUUAUACAGUUGCAGUGUUCUAUUUUAUUAUUGGUAUUAUUAUUUUUACAAAAUGUAGGGAAAUUAAUUCCGAAUAACACUGAUUACACGGAAUAACAAGACCGACACAACCCCCCUUCCUCCCUUCUGUGUAACAUAACACAGCAAGACCUGGGAAAGACUAUGUAGUAAAAUCGUCAGGACAUGAGGUUGUAUGGUGGUGGACGAAGGAGGAGGAGCCGAUGUGGGUAAAUUAUAUCAAAUUGGAACUUUAAAAACGUAAUACAAGUAGGGAAAAUAAAAAUAUUUUUAACGAACCGUAUUUUUUAAACUCGGUGCUACAUGGUUGCAUUGACCUGGUCGCACGGAUUCUAUCUGUUUUGACUGUUUGAUGAAUUUCGUUUCGAGAACACCCCGGUUUGGAAAUAGGAUUUGCUGGAUGUUUUUGAGUCAAAAGAUAGGACAGUUUCUUGUCGGCGGUGAAGAUGGGGGACUUCUAUGACCCAGAGCAUCCAACGGAUGUUUCUUUAAUCCUGUCAGGUGUGACAUUACCUUGAAGCGCUUGCUGCUCUGAGUUCAUUCCUGCCAGGCCAGAGGCUGCAAACCAGCACUGGCUAUCGAUUUGCAGAGACCCCGUAACGUGAGACCACCAGUAAAUGGAUACAUUCGUGGAAACACAGAUCAGGGAAGAGGGAAAUGAUUUAUCGGCUAAGGACAAAAAUCUGUCCAAAUCGUCCCUGCUUAAAGUUCCAAAAGGGGUGUCCUCAAGCCGCUUCCUGCCCAAGGGCACCAAGACUACGGUAAACCUGGAGGAACAAGGCAGGCAGAAGGUCUCAUUCAGCUUCAGCUUACCCAGGAAGAACCUACAGUCACGAUUCUUGCCACCAAUCAGCCCUGAGAAGUUGGAGAGCGACUCUCAGAUUGUCGCUGUCCCCACAACGUCGGCUCCCCCACAGGAUAAAACUGGACAACUCCCAGACAGUCAGAGUGAACCGUUUGAGCCACCUCCUGUGGAAGAGCAGCUCUCCCCGCUCAAACUCAAACUGGACAUGGGGAAGAUGCACUUCGAAAAGCAUAUUCUUAGUGUCACAUCCAAGCUUGAGACCGCACCGCCCACUUUUCACACCGUAUUGGAAGAGCCUUCACAGCCAGAAUCUGAACCCAUAUCUGUAUCUGAACCCCAGAAUGACAUGCAGAACAGUGCCUCUGAAGAACCCAUGAUGGAAGAUGGUCCUGAGGAUCCGAGCCCCUGCAAAGAGAAAGCUGCUGAUACUUCUCAUGUUGGGAAAGGUGACGAGCAGAGCAACGUGACGAAUGUACCCACCCAAUAUUCAGGGAAUCUGGAGACCAAGAAGCAGCUAUCCCAGUCUGAGUGUGCCCAUCUUGGUUCAGAGUCUGAUGGUGAUUCAGUAAAGACUUCUUCCAGCCACAAAUCGGGUGACCCCAAAAAUGCAGUGUGUGCAGAAAAGAGCAAAGAUGUUAAGAGGAAUUUGACGGCCUCCAAAGCAGAAGAAUCUGGGAAGUCGUCAUUGUCUUCCUCUCGCACCAAGUCCGAGAAGGAUGAUAGACUUUCUAGUCAUUCAAAGUCUGACCGAGACUCAAGGCACACAUCCUCACGUUCUUCUAGAUCCGAGAGUUACAGGCGGAGGAGUAGGUCACGUUCUAGAUCCAGAGGGUCAAGAACAAGCUCGUCCUAUUCUAGAUCUGAUAGAUCGUCGAGAACUGAUAGGUCUUCGAGGAAUGAUAGGUUGCAUUACACUGAUUCAGAUAGAAAGUACCAUAGGAGCUCCCCCCACAGGGAGAGGAGUAGGUCUUCCCGUCCCCAGUCAGACAGGAGGUCCAAAGACAGUUCAGACUCUGAGGACGAUCACAAGAGGACUCAUUCCAAGGCCAGUGAUUCUAGAAGAGUCUCGACUCGUUCCUCUUUGCACAGGGAGUCAAAAACCUCUUCCUCCUCUUCCCACUCCAAAUCAGAAAAAGAUUCCAAAACAGAACCGUCUCACUCAUCAGAGUCAGAAAAAAGGACAAGAUCUCAUUCAAAAUCUGAGCGGGAUUCCCGUAAGUCUGGGGAUUCGGAGACGUUCAGAAGGAAAUCUCCCGACAUUGAGCUUGAUCGAAGGAGGUCCAGCACACAUUCUAAAUCUGACAGCAUUGUAAACUCUUGUUCUAAAUUGAGUACGCCACCCAAGGCCUCAGAGAAAAAAUUUAGAAGGACCACUUCAAGUUCGGACUCUGAGGAGGAGCUCAAAGGGAGGUCUCGGUCUCAGGUCUUAGAAAAGUCGUCUUCUGCUUCAAGGUCUGAUGAAUUACGGACUGCUACUUCCAGAAAGACUAACAAAAAGACAGAUAACGACGAACCAAAAUGUUCCCCUUCCAAACCCAAGGAAUCUUCAGGUUCCCAAAAAUCUGGUAGAGUUAUGGGAACAUUGACUCAUGAAACAGAGAGACAAUCACAAAGAAAGCCAAACUCCAAAUGCUCCGAGUCCAAGGCUAUUCCUAAAGAUCCUUGUUCAAAGAGUGGAAGUGUGGAUAGAAAAACACUUUGCCUUGUGAACAAUAAUCUUAAAGAUUCUUCCAGGAAGGAAUUUGAUGAAAUGGACUGCCAUCUAUGCAACCAACCAGCUACCCCAAAUCUAAAUGAUAUUGAAAACAUAAUUGUGCCUGAACCAGACCGUAUACAGGCACCAGUGAUCCUAGACUGUUACAAAACUCAACUUUGUAAUUGGACAAGGUCCAGUAACACUGAAAAAAAUACAACCUAUAAAAACUGUUCUUCUGUAUCAAAAUUGCAAGAAAGUGACUCAUUAACAGAUCACAUUAAAAGCCAGCUUUUGACAAGUGCAAUAUGCCAGUACAGCCCAGUUUCUGCUGACAUCAAGGCUGUGUUUGCAUAUUGCGAUUCUGAUAUGGUUGUGGAUGAGAUAGAUAAUAGAUCGCCUGAAACUUUGUCUGACAGACAGCAGGAAGGAAGCAAUUGCACAGAAAAUUAUAAAAUCCAAUCAAUUUAUGUGUCCAGUGAUCCCCACAUGGAUAUAGAUUCAAUACAGUACACUUGCUCCUCUGAGCCUUCUGAGAAAACUGCAGCAACUGAAAUUGUGUGUAAAAUGCAGAUGUCCCCUACAGUGACGCAUACGGAACCCAAAGCUGUAAUGCUUGAGAGUGCUACGGGUGAAUCCAUGAAAUUCAAAGGAGAUUCCAUUAAAUGGAAAGAAGCAGCUGAUUCAUGCCUGGCUAGCUCCAUUAAAGAGCAGCUGGGAGAAAAUAAAGACUCCAUAGAAAAAAAACUUACCUCAAUGGAGCAUAGCAGCUCUGAGGUAGAACAUCCCGUAUUAAACAAAGGAAAAAGCACUGCUGAAGGUUCCCAGAAGGUGCUUGAUUUGUAUAUAGACAAGCUGCCUGCAGAGCAGCAGGCUAACUUGGAAAAAUAUGAAAUCAUUUCUACACAGCAACCCACUUGCACCAGAAAAGAGCUUUUACUGAAAGAAGAAAAAGACUCGCACCAAGAACACAAGAUUAAAGAACCCAUCUCAAAUACAGUAGAACUUUCUCUUAAAGAAGAUCCUAUGUCAUUUCGAGAAGAACGCCCUCUGAAAAAGGAUCCCAGCUCUAACUCAGAGAUUUCCCUAAAAGGGGAACAAACCUCAUAUUUUAAAGAGCACCCUCUAACUAAUGCAGACACAGUAGCACCUAAAGAACCUAGUUCAAAUAGAGAUCAUUUUCAGAUCGAGUCAAACUUGGACGUAGUAGAACAGGCUCUUAAAGAAGAUGUUGGAUUAGACCGAGAUAACACUUCUGAACUACCCGAUACAGGCACAGAGUGCUGUCUUUAUGAAGAGCCUAGCUCAUACUUUUUAAAAGAACAGAACUCUGAAUCUGUGCAAUUCUUUCUGAAGGGUGAACCCAAUUCCAACCCAGUGGGAUGCUCUGUAAAAGAACAGCCUAUCUCAAGUGGCGAAUUUUGCUUGGAAAAGCAGCCAGCCUCCAAUGGAGAAGAAAGCUUUGCAAGAACAGAGAAAGUUACCAACCAAGUGGACAGUUCUGUGUGGCAGCCAGAGGAGCUAUCGGUUAGGUAUGUUAAGCCAGAGCUGCAACCUCCCAGUGAGGCAAGGCAUAACAAUACUGAAGAACAAUUUUAUGUUGCUUCGAAGUUUGUAGGAGACGUCAAGGAGUCUUGCUGUACCUCAGGAGGCACAGGAAAAGAUGACGGUUCAUGGCAGAGCAAGCCAGACAGCAGUUGUGUUUCCUCUAAGGUGAGUGGAGAAGACCACAUGGGAGGAAGAGUGGACAACAAGAAGGAGGAGGAAGAUCAAGAUAGCGAGGAGAGCGAGACAGAUGAUUCCGACUCUGACUCGGAUGACAGUGGCAUACCCAGGAACCGGCUACAGUCUGUGGUGAUUGUGCCCAAAAACUCCAGCCACACCCAGGAUAUCAGAGGCUUGUUGACCCCCUUCUCCAGCCGCAGCACCACCCCAGAGCAGAGGUCCACAGACUGGGCUCAGCCUGGAGCCGGGAAUGUUUGCGGCCACACCUCUUCUGAUGAAGAAAACACUCGAGAGAAAUCCAGGAAGAGGGGCAGGAGCCCGGAGGGGAGACUGCAAGCUCCUAGUCCUCGGCCAGCAGAGAGAGGCAGGCCAACCUUUACAUCUGCUGCAGAGAGGUUCCCUGAUGCUGGACGACCUCAAAGCACCGCCUACCAGUCACAGAGCAAUAUGGUAGACAGCACCAGCCAUUCUGCUGGCAUCCCCUGUCCUGAACCUCGCUUGGAACAUGAAGAAUUGCGGGCCCAGGAAAAAACAAAGCAAACACUGGCGUUGAUGUACAUUCAUACUGAACCUAGUCGUUUCAAUUCCUGGGAGGCGCCCCUGUCUGGAGGCCACCGAUACUAUGAAAAGCCAGAAAGUCGACAGGGAAAGGGGUGGUCUUCGAGGCAGCCGUACUAUCAGUCCGGGGAUUUCUCCAAAGUGGAUGGCUUCCCCAGUAGUGAUGACGGUUACACCCUGGGCUGGGAUUUCUCACAGCCUGAAAUGCCCAGCAGCACUUACCAGCAACCAGACAGCAGCUAUGGGGUCUACCCUGGCUACACUCACCACCAGCUGCAGCAACAGCAACAGCAACAGCAACAGCAACAACAGCAGCAGCAGCAGCUUCAUCUGCAAGGGAACUGCACAGCUGGACAGCUUUACAGACAGAGUAACACCUUCUGGGCUCCCCGAUCAGAGGGUUACGGGACGGGUUGUGCUAGUGGCUCCUCACAGUACCAGGAGCCUGUGAGCCAGGUGCACCCUGACUCACUGACUGAUGAUUAUGAGGAUGAAGAGAGAUCCAGCCAGCUAGCAAGUGCAAGCAGUACAGGAGAUCCCCACCAGCAAAAGGCACGAGCAGCUCCUUCCUUUGUCCAGGCUAAUGAGAUCAGCAGCAAUUCCAAGGGGGCCAUCUGCAGCGCUCCAGACAGGGAGAGGGCACGCAAGGAGGAGAGCCACAAGCCAUCCAAAGGGAAAGGGCCACUGAAAAAGAGGCGUCCUGAACUGGAGUCAGACUCUGAAAAUGAGGCAGACCCAGGUCCCCCCAAGAAGGAUCGUGUGGAUGAAGGGAAAGUCUUAGCGGUCCCUUCUCCUUGCCAAUCGGAGAAAGAUCACCCCCGUUGCAGCCUACAGGACUUACAGGACCAGCAAGCCUGGAAGGAGGGAUCCAAAACUGGGAAGAUGCCACCUUACUUCAACCUCAUUGAGGAGAACCUCUACUUAACUGAAAGGAAGAAGAGCAAGUCUCACCGUGAUAUCAAGCGCAUGCAGUGCGAAUGCAGCUUGCUGACCAAGGAGGAGAGAGCCCAGGGGCGAGGGGCCUGUGGAGAGGACUGCCUGAACCGACUGCUUAUGAUCGAAUGUUCCUCCCGGUGCCCCAAUGGACCAUAUUGUUCAAAUCGACGUUUCCAGCGCAAGCAGCAUGCAGAUUUCGAGGUCAUUUUGACUGAGAGUAAAGGCUGGGGGCUGCGGGCGGCCAAGGACUUGGCCCACAACACCUUUGUACUUGAGUACUGUGGAGAGGUCCUAGAUCACAAGGAGUUCAAGGCCCGAGUGAAGGAGUAUGCACGCAGCAAGAACAUUCACUACUACUUCAUGGCCUUGAAGAACAAUGAGAUCAUUGAUGCAACUCAAAAGGGAAACUGCUCACGGUUCAUGAACCACAGCUGUGAACCAAACUGUGAAACUCAGAAGUGGACUGUGAAUGGACAGCUGCGAGUUGGGUUCUUCACUACUAAGUUGGUUCCUGCAGGAACAGAGCUCACUUUUGACUACCAGUUCCAGAGAUAUGGCAAAGAGGCCCAAAAGUGUUUCUGCGGGGCACCCAGCUGUCGUGGUUUUCUGGGCGGGGAAAACCGGGUCAGCGUCCGGGCUGCAGGAGGCAAGAUGAAGAAGGAGCGGCCCCGCAAGAAAGACUCAAGUCAUGCGCGGGUCCGAUUUUUACGACCCGCUUCCGACCCGGACCCGCUACUACAGGACCUGACCCGAACCCGCAACCCACUGCAACACCGUCUUCUUACCUGCGACGCGACCCGACCCGAUUUAAUAAGACCUGCAACCCGACCCGAACCUGUAGACGAAGAGCUAGAAGCCUUACUGGAGAAUGGAGACGGGCUGUCAGACGAGAAACAGGUGCUGUCUCUGUGCCGGCUCAUGGUGAGAGUGGAGACGAUGGAGCAGAAACUCACCUGCCUUAAACUCAUACAGAACACCCAGAACCCAACCUGUCUGAAGCUGUUCCUGGAUCACCACGGGCUUUCCCUGCUCUGGAUCUUCAUGGUGGAGCUGGGAGAGGGGAAAGGCAACUCCAGCAACAACAUGAAACUGCAGAUGGAGAUAAUAAAGAGCCUGCAGGUGCUGCCGAUAUCCACUAAGAACAUGCUGGAGGAGAGUAAAGUCCUGCACUUCAUCCAGCGCUGGGCCCAGACCAAGACUCUGCUGCCCCAGGUGAACGAGCUGGACGGCUACUCCAGCGAGAACACGUCGCGCGCCCAGACCCCCCUCAACACCCCUGAUGGUGCGGGCUGCAGCAAGCCUACCCAGGAGCUGGACACAGAGACACCCAAGCGGGCUGUCUACCGGCGCCUUAAGAUUAUCAGCGAGAACAGUAUGGACAGCGCACUUUCUGAUGCCAGCAAGGCCUCAGAUGUGGAGCUGGAGGCCAAGGAGGGCAAGGAAGAGGAGGACGAAGAGGAAGAUGAUGAAGCAGACUCCUCACAGGCAGACCUAGCUGAGAGCCAGCCCUGUGAAAGCCAGUCCUCCGAUAGCAAAGAGUCCCAGGAAAACAGCAUACAGCCUCCUGACAACACAGGCGAGUCCCAGGCUGAGCCACAGACUGAGCCCCGGGCGGAGGGAGACUCGCAGGCCACGUGUGUGGAAACCAAUACAGAGAGUGAAGACAUUGGGGUCAAAGACACAGGGGAGUUUAGGAUUGAGAGUGGGGAGGAGCUGGCUCCAUGUGGAGAGGCCAGGGACAGUGAUAAAUCCAGGGCUGAGAGUGGGGUCCCACAGGAGGGGGAGGAGAAGGAGGAGCAGGCUAGCGUCCAGCCAGGCAAGACUGGAGAAGGGGACCCCCACACAGAGUCCGAAGCUCCCCAGCCCACGAGUCUCUGCCUUCAGGCAGAGCUGAAGGAGCAGCCCCAUGAUGAAGAUCCCGAGGUCGGACCGAAGCUAGAGGAGUCGAUGGCUGUGGAGACACCCUCUCAGGACGAGGAGGAGGGGGUGUCUGACGUGGAGAGCGAGCGCAGCCAGGAGCCCACCCACAAGAUCACAGACAUCAGCGAGAUGGCCUCCAAGCUGCUGGACAACUGGAAGGAUUUGAAGGAGGUGUACAGGAUUCCAAAGAAGAGCCAAGUGGAGAAGGAACCACAGGAACGAGGUCGGGACAGCCAGAGUCUGCGGGACCACCAUCUGACCCCACGCACCCCCUCGGGUAGUCUGGAGAGAGACAGGGACAGAGAGAGGGACAGAGAGUCAGAGAGGACACCCCACAGCAAGGAUCGGAAGAGGCGUCGUUCUUCUCUUUCCCCCCCACAUUCCAUCUACGAGAGGAGCAACAGGAGAGGAGACGACCGGUAUGAUGUCCAGAGCAGCAGCAGCAAGAAGGGCAGGACCAAGGAGCGCAACAAGCUGUCGACAGAGGAACGACGCAAGCUGUUUGAGCAGGAGGUGGCUCAGCGCGAGGCUCACAAACAGCAACAACUGCAGCACACCGUGCGGGUCGGCUCACCCAUGCCCUACGAUCCCCUGGGCACCUACACCAGCAGCACCCACCAGAGCUUCUACCCGCCGGGCUACCCCAUUCAGACCUACGUGGACCCCAGCAAUCCCAAUGCAGGCAAAGUCCUGCUGCCCACCCCUCCCGUGGAGCCCAUGUGCGGCACACUGACCUAUGAACAGAUGACACCCCAGACCCUUCUCCCAGACCCUGGCCUCCCCUCGCCCACACAGCAGCCCGUCAUAGCCAUACAGCAUGUUCCCACACCCAUCGAAGUAUCCAGCACUCCGCAAUACAUGCAGCAGAGCGUGCCCCAGGACCCUGCCGUGGCUGUCCUCUCAGGGCCCACGCCAACAGGGCAGCAGCAGGUUCAAGGGCAGAGUUACGCCUUGUGGGACCACAGUGCUCAGCAGCCCUUGGCAGUGCAGCCACAGUCCUACCAACCGGCACAGCCACAGACUGCCGUCUAUUACCAGGGUCAGCCCUGCCAGGCAGUAUACAGCAACGCCACGCCAUAUGCACAGACUAGCACUACCGUGGUACAGGGCUAUGCACAGCCCGCUUCCCCGUACAUCCAGGGCCAGCAGUUGUAUUCAGCUCACCAGCAGGGGGUGGUGUUGCAGCAGGCAGGAACAGUGACCACAAUCUUAACUGCACAGACUGUGCAACAGGAGCUGUUGGUGCCAAACAGUUUGAUGGACCUGCCCCCUCCCUCACCCCCGAAACACAAAACCAUUGUCCUCCCUCCCAACUGGAAAGCAGCACGGGACCCCGAGGGCAAGAUCUACUACUACCACAUCAUCACCAGACAAACGCAGUGGGAUCCCCCCUGCUGGGAUGGAGGCAGUGAUGUCAGUGUCGACCAUGAAGCCGAAAUGGACCUGGGGACACCCACAUACGACGAGAACCCCUCCAAGGAUCUAUCAAUGUCUCAGGAUGGGAGCUUAGAGGGGACACCUAAUGCUUACCAGUUCUCCACGAAGGCUAAAACAGCGGAGGCAGACACCUCAAGCGAGUUAGCCAAGAAGAGUAAGGAGGUGUUUCGGAAGGAGAUGUCACAGUUUAUUGUGCAGUGCCUAAACCCCUACAGAAAGCCUGACUGCAAACUGGGCCGGAUAAGCAACACGGAGGAUUUCAAGCACCUUGCACGGAAGCUGACCCACGGGGUGAUGAACAAGGAGCUGAAGUCCUGCAAGAAUCCAGAGGACCUGGAAUGUAAUGAAAAUGUGAAGCACAAAACCAAGGAGUACAUCAAGAAGUACAUGCAGAAAUUCGGUGCCGUGUACCGACCCAAAGAGGACACAGACAUGGACUAGCACCUGCUGUCUGUGCUCAUAGACUCGAGAGAAACGAGAGAGCACAGGAUUCCAUACCUGAGCUAGCAGGUACCCCCUGGGCUGCAGUACAUCUCUCUCUCUCUCCUAUGCAGGACACAAAGGAAAUCCCCUCUCCCAGAUUCUCCUGGGGAAAUGAUUUCAGAUGAGGAAGAGAGAAAGAGGGAUUCAUGAUAGCCCCCCCUUCUAGACUUGAACAAGGAGCUAUCACUCCCACUGGAGCUGAAUUACAGGAGGUUAAGAAGCCUUUUAUUAACUGAGCCAGUCCCUGAUGAGAGAAGAUUCUCCCCUAAGGCAACCAAUUCAUUUAGGAGUGAAUUGUCAAGCAUCGUCAGCAUUCUUCUGUUGCUGUGACUUGACACAGGGUUACAUAUAUCCUAUACUUGCCAUGACAUUCAUAGAUGUGUGUGUUUGUAUAUGCAGGUUUGUAAGUCACGUGCCACAGCUAACAGAUUGUCAAUACAGGAUUGAAAGCUAUUCUGUUUUCAUUAAUUCAUCAGUUACUUAUUAAUCAUGAGUAUUUUGUGAUAAUCAUUUACUCAUUAUUUUCUCAAGGGUCAGGCUUAGUAUCUUGUAAGUAGGAAAGACAUUUCUGUCAUUUUUCUUAUAGAAGUGGUUGAAAUCAAGUGAAGAGUGAAUCUGAUGACUGCUACCAUGAAGUAGACCACAGAACCAACACCAAAAUAAUGUGAUUUAACUAGCCAGUAGAAAAUGUAUUUUAACCUUAGUAAGGAGGCCUGAUAGUUGAAAUGUUGACUGACUUGCAUCUGCUUCUUUUCCAGUGUGUACCCUAUAAGCAUUAUGUGACCACUCUUGAGACUGGUCUACUGCUGUGUGUGUUUACACAUUCAGCCACACAAUGUACGUGACAUCACCAUCUUGAAAAUUGCUUUAAAUGGUGACCUAUAUUUUCAAGCGAUCCAGUCCAAAAUACAUCCUAAAUACUGCUUCAAAAAGGCUUCACACACACACAUUUGAUAGGUUUAUAGUAGCAUUAAUUCCAUCCACAGCUGUAGAUCAUUGACCUUGUCUUUCCUGAAGUGUUGCAUGGUCAAUUAUCUAGCAGAUAAUGACCCUUGUGUGGGACAUUAACUCUUGUAUUAUUACUUAAGUUAGUGUGCGUCUUACCAGACUGUGCUGUCCUUUAACAAUAUGUUAAAUCAAGGACAUCCUGAAAUUGAAUUCUAGUUCAUGUGCAUUAUAACCUUGUACACACACACACACACACACACACAAAUACUUCAAAUGCAUGCCGUGGGGGAGACUGCACUUGUUUUCAAACUAACUGCAAAAUAAAGGUGCAUUUCUGAAGAGGUCAGUCCAAUCUGCUUCUAUGUCUGUCUGUCCCUCUCUUUGUGUGACUGGCAGGGGAAUCCCAGACCUCCAGUGCUUUUAACUGCAUUAAACUAUAGAUUCAGAAUACAUGUAUUAUAAUGUUUUAACAUAUGUGAAUAUAUUGAUAAAUAUUUGGGUUUUUUCUGUUUUUUUGUUUUUUGUUUUUUUCCCCUAAUAACGAGAAUGUGUUUAAAAAUACUUUGUAAAAGAAUGGUUUCAGAUUUUAAAAUGUAAAUAUAAAAAAAUAAGUCUUCUCAACACUGUUGUGUGUUGCUACCAGGUUAGUCUGGUGAUUUCCCCCACUCUCCACCCCAUCCAUUUCAAAAGGUUACUGUGUUUUAUAACCACAGCUUUUUGUCAUUUUGGUUUUGUUCCAAUUUUUACUGAAAAGAAAAACAGAUUUCUAUGUACAAAGAGACUCUCCUCUUCCAUGUAAGUAUGGUGUGAGGAUAUUGUGUAAAAUCUUUUAAAAGAAAAUAAACAUUUUUUAAAAAUUAAA